AUGGCCACCAUCAGAUGCAUUUUAGUUGUUGCAGUUAAGAAAAGUUGGGGUCUUUAUCAAUUGGAUGGGAACAAUGCGUUCUUACAUGGUGAUUUAAACGAAGAAGUCUAUAUGAAAUUCCUAGUUGGAUUUACACCACCUUCUCCUAACCAUGUUUUAUAUGUCGGCGAUAUAUUACUAAUAGGUAAUGAUACAAAGGAAUUGACUGAAUUGAAAGAAUUUUUACAUCAGGAGUUCAGAAUCAAGGAUCUUGGACACUUACAUUAUUUUUUAGGAAUGGAAGUUCUACGAGAGUCUCAUGGUUUGAUUCUGUCUCAGCGGAAAUUCACCCUUGAUUUACUGCAUGAAUUUGAUUCUCUCCACAAGUCGCCUGUUUCUUGCCCUCUUGACCCAUCUGCUUGCCUACUUGCUCAGACUGAAGCUGAAUACCGUUCAAUGCGACGAGUUGUGGCUGAGCUCACUUGGUUGGUACGCUUAUUUGAUUAUCUUUCUACCCCAAUUUCACUUCUUGUUCCUCUUCAUUCGGACAGUCAGACAGCAAUUCAUAUUGCACGAAAUAACUAA